ACUCGUGUAUAGUAUGAUUUGGCCUGCAAAGCUUUUUAUGCCGUCUCAGUACACAUAAUAAACCCAUCAUGUAUGUGCAGUGUGUGUAACUCUUGAACAGAACUCUGUGUUAUUUUACACACAGAGACCCUGAGCAGGGGAGUGUUUGUCACAGGGUAAGUGAGAUCCGCCUUAUUUAUUCACAGGUUGCUUACUGUUGCUCCCUCUCUCUCUCUCUUUCUCUUUCUCUCUCUCUCUCUCUCUCACACACACUUUCUCUCACUCUCUCAGCUUAUUAAGGAGUGUGAGCAUGCAGGGCUCGCAACAAGGACGGCAGCACUCCUUCCAGUCUCUCUCCAUCGCCUUUCCAGACUCCUCCAUACACCCAUCAACUCCAAGCAAACGUGUGGCACUGUGCAGCCUGAAGGGGGUGAUGGCGGCUUGCAAAGGCAUCUGGACCAAGGCGUUCUGGAGAGCGGUAGCGGGCGAGUUUUUGGCCACCCUCUUCUUCGUGCUCUUCAGCAUCGGCUCCUCCGUGGGGUGGGGAGGGGUGACGGGACCCACGGAUGUCCUGCUCAUCUCCCUAUGCUUUGGCUUCAGCAUAGCCACCAUGGUCCAGGGCUUUGGCCACAUCAGCGGCGGGCACCUUAACCCAGCCGUGACUGCCGCCAUGGUCUGCUCCAGGGAUCUCAAUCUGGCCAAGGGCUUCUUCUACAUCCUAGCCCAAUGCCUGGGCGCCAUCGCUGGGGCAGGCAUCCUCUACCUCGUCACCCCUGCCAGCGUCAGGGGCACUCUCGGAGUCACCUCGAUUGACGAGAACCUCUCCGCUGGCCACGGGCUGUUGGUGGAAAUGCUCAUCACGUUCCAGCUGCUGUUUACCAUCUAUGCCACGUGCGAUUCCAGACGCGACGACCUCAAAGGCUCAUCAGCGUUGGCCAUUGGUCUCUCGGUCGCCAUUGGACACAUGUUUGCCAUUAACUACACAGGUGCCGGCAUGAAUCCUGCCAGAUCGUUUGGACCUGCAGUUAUUAUGGGGAAAUGGGCCAACCACUGGGUUUACUGGGUCGGGCCAACAAUGGGUGGAGUUGUGGCAGCUGCCUUCUACAAGUACCUCUUCUGUCCAGACAAGGAAAUGAAGAACCAUUUCAAAGAUACCUUAAGGCCAACGCAGGCUCCUGGGGAUAAAUAUUCCGAUGCGGAAGAGGGAAAGGGCCAAACCAUUGAGUGUGUGGAGCUGGCUGUGACACCAGGAAGCUCUCGUUCCGUGGAUGGGUUUAACGUUGAAGCAAAGAAGAAAGACAAGACUGAAGAACUGUUGAUGCCUGUAUGACUAGCAAAGGGAAGGAGGAACGGAGAGAUGACUUGUGAAACUUUGGUUGUCGACGUUGUUCCUAUCAAGGAAACUGAUCUAUUAUAAACGUACAGCACUCCGUAACUCUUU